AUGUGCGUAUGCUGGGCGCGCGUCGAUCGCGAGCGCAACGGCGACGGCGACGCAUGCGCGCCGUCACUCGCCCGUUCGCUCGGAGCAGCUGGCUUCGUCCCUCAGUUCGGGGAAGUGGGGAGACGAGGAGCCGCCGCCGCCAAGACGGACUUCUUGUGGGACAAGCGCACCGGGCUGGCGGCCAAGAGGGUGCGGGAAAGUGCGGGGGGAGGGCUGUUAAGGACGGGGUGGGGCGAGGGGAGCUCGCCCUCCGCCCCUCCCCCCGCUGUGGGGGGCAUCUAUGGGGCAGGACGGGGGGGGCUCAUGAGGGGCAGACCAGGCCCAGGGGGUGCUGUGGGAGGGGGGUGACCUGGGGCAGCUCUUCCCUCGGUCGCCUUUCAUUCUUAUUCUUAUUAAUCACCUCUCAUUAAUUACCUCUCAGUUAAUUACGUCACAAUAAUGGGGGUCGUGAACAGUUAUUACAUUAUUAUGUACAGUUAUUUCGUGAACAGUUAUUGCAUUAUUAUUACUAUUACUAUUCUUAUUAAUCACUUCUCAUUAAUUACCUUUAAGUUAAUUACAUCACAGUAAUGGGGGUCGUGAACAGUCGCCCCCACAACCACACUUAGGCCUUGGGAACAACUAGGCGACCCCAGCAGGGUGGGCCUCUUGAGAGAGCCCUACUGGCAGCCUUUUUUUAUUUUCCUGUGUAGGCCGCUCGAUUGUAAACACAGGCACCCCUCGGAGUGGCUGGGGGAAAAGACUGGAAAGCAGCGAAUAGCUCAGUUGGUAGAGCAUUAGGCUCUUAAUGCCAGGGUCGGAUGGGCAGAAGGUUGGGGGGGGGUCUGGAUGACCCUUGUGGUCCCUUCCAACUCUGCAAGUCUGUUAUUCCGUGAAAUUGUCCUGCUGUUGUAGUUGUAGUGGGUGAGGAGGGGCAGCUCUUCGCUUGGCUCUCUCUUUCUUUGCUCUUGUUGUCGUUUAUCGCAUUUGUAUUCCAGCUUUUCUUCGAGGAGCUGAAGGUGUUAUUGCUGGCUUGUGCUCUCUCUCUCUCUCUCUCUCUCUCCCACCAUUAAUCACCUUCCCUAGCACUACAUCAUCACCCAUUGUUGUUGUAGGGGUGGUGAUUAACAGCAACCACAACCACACUUAGGCAUUGUUUACAGCGCAGUCCUAAUGCAGGCAACACCAGGAUGUGUGGAUUGUGUUGGGCUAAGAGCCCAACGUCGGGGUGUUAUUUGUUUCAUAUAAUUUAUUAUCUGCAGCUUGAUUGUAAAAACCAAAUAAACCUCAAAAGGCUUUACAAAAAGAGUAAAGCGGUGAAAUUAUCAGUAAAGAAACCUCAGCUAUUUAAAACAAAAAACCAGAACCAGAGUAAAAUGCAUGUCAGCAUUCUGCGUAUCUGGAUAUGCUUGUCUAAGCAAGAAAAUGUUUUUAGCAGGUGCUGAAAAAAGUACAGCGAAGUUGUGUAGACCUGCUGGAAUCGGGAGCUGUGUCUGUUAGGACUCACCCUCUUGACUAUUUUAAAUACUGAAUUUUAAACAGAAGAGCUUAAGAAAGGGCCUGUCUAAUCCAGCAUCCUGUUCUUAACAGUGAGCAAUCAGAUUGUCACGUUCCUGUGAGAAACCUGCAAAUUAUUUUAAAUUGUUGUAACCCUGUCCUGGGACCUGCAGGUGAAAGACAGGCAAUACCAAUAAUAAAAAUAAUAUUCGAAACAUUUGUAUACCACUUAAUUAUUUGCAUUUCUAUGUGGUGCCUAUAAAUGACAAUCCACCGAAAACAGGACAACAAGCAAAUUUAUCAUAAAAUCAAACGUUUUAUUUAUUAGUUGCUUGUUACCGAGGGUGGUUUUCAUAUACAUUCAGAGAGAGAGAGAGAGAGGCCAACUUAAAAUCUGUUGACUUCUGUGGGUUUACUCUGAGUAGGACUUGGUUUGAUAAAAUUCCAUCACUCCAGGGGAGAUGGGUGACAAGAGCAGCUCCUUUGGGGUGGCUUUUCAUUGCAAUAAUAAUGGCAAUGCCACUGUUAUUUCUUUAUUACAUGUAUAUCCCACCAUACCUCAAAGGAGCUCAAGGUGGCAUACGUGGGUCUCCCCCUCCCCAUUUUUAUCUUCACAAGAACCCUGUUAGGUAGGUUAGGCUAAGAGACAGCAGCUAGCCCAGGAUCACUCACAGCUGAGCGGGGAAUUGGACCCUGGUCUCCCAGAGUUCUAGCUCACCACUUGAACUUUUAUGUGCCACACUGGCACACUAACAUGGUUAACAGCAGUGCUUUUAUUUUUUAGGGGGAAAAGGUUCUGGUACUCACCGUGAGAUAAAGGCAUUUGAAAGCAGCCCUGUAUCAGGAAGUCUUCAAUGCUUGAUGUUGUAUUAUAUUUUUAUAUUUUGCUGGAAGCUGCCCAGAGUGGCUGGGGAAACCCAGCCAGAUUCGGGGGGGGGUAUAAAUAAUAAAAUUAUUAAAGUAAUUAUUAAAAUCAUGCCCUUUAUAUACCCAACACCAGCAUUGUAGGGUGACUACUGUAGCUUUUCAGGGGAGGAGGCUGACUUUCUUUUCAUUAGCAUGAUUUUGUCAUUGAGUAUGAAGAGUAAUGACAUUGUUGAGUAAUGUGUCUGUAAUAGAUGCAGCACAAUUGUGUGUGAAAUGUGUUACAGUGACAGCAGGGUAAGAGGCUGGCUCCUGCUAGCAUUAUUUAUUAGUAGUAUAUCAGUAGUAGUAAUAGUAGUAAUGACUUAACAACAGUAGCAUUGUUAAUAGUGUAUUUGCAGUAUUUUCAACACCAUAAUUGUAUCUGAGGUGGGUGAUGAGAGUAGUUUUUCAGUGCAAGUGUUGUUGUUGUUUAAUAUGAUGCUUAUAUUAUUCAAUCCUGUAAUUCAUAAUAUAUGUAGCAGCGUCACUGAUGGUGGAUAGGAAGGACAGAUUUUCAAGGGACAGGUUCUGUUUUUAAAAUUAGUUUCAUUCAUAUUAAUGAUAAAUUAACAGCAGCUUUGUUAACAGUGUGUCGUCCCCCCCCCAUGGGUGGUCCGGAGGCUGACAAGAGAGCAUUGCCUUUUCAGAGGUGGCCCCUGCUAGUGGAAUGCUCUUCCCGGGAAGGCUCACCUGGCACCAUCUUUAUUUCUAGUUGCUAGGCAAAGACUCUCCUCUUCACCUGCACUUUUGGCCGUUAACUUGAAGGGUUUCAGGCAUUUCUGGCCUCUUUGAGUGGGGCAGGAUCUGUGAACGCUGGCGGAGGAAGAGGAGCAUGGGGGGGAAGCUCCAUGAAGCUCCGCCACUGUCUGUGAGACCCAUCUUUUCAAGAUGUGGUUUUAAGGCUUUUACCCAAUUUGUUUUAAUGAAGGUCGCUUUAGAUCACUUUUGUGAGGAAAGUGACUAACGAAUAUAAAUAAUAUUCUUAUAUGUCAUCAUUUGUUGGCAAGGCGCCUAAUAAAUGUGUUCUAGGUGCUGUAAAAAAAGGUGUGGUGUGGAUGUGACCUAAGAAACUGAUUUAGAUACAGACUAAGAAAUGGAUGUAGAUAAAUAAUUCUGGACUAUUUGUAUAUUGAAUUAUUUUUAUCCUACUGGGUUGUUGUUUUUUAAGUCUGUAAUGAAUCCUGCUGCUUAUGUGUGUCCUAGCUGUCUUAUUCUGCUCCUUUUACAGUUCCUUGUUUUUUUAAAGUUUGCUUUGUAAAUUAUUAGUCUGAACUGAAAAUGGAGCUGCAUUUUUGUGUGUGUCCUUGUUCUUUGUCUCCAGCUCAGCUUUGAGUUUGUUUGUUGUUGGUGCCGUUUUUCUUUUCUUUUCCUGCAGGGUUUCUAAAAUGGUUUUCUUUGUAGUUUUUAUCUCUUUCGCAUGCUGCUUUGAGUGUGUGGAAAGGUGGUGGGUUGCAUAGAUUUAUGAAUCUCAAGCUCUUCUUGGCAUGCUUAAACUCUGGAAUGUGCUCCCACCUGAGCAGGUACUGAGGGCGGCCUACUUGGAUGGCUUCAAGUUUAAAAGAGAAUUAGGCAAGGUCAUAGAAGAGAAACUUGCACAGCUUCCUGUGUAUCAAUGAACACAAGGAUCUCAUGGCGUAGAGGUGGGCAGAAAGACUGGGGCGUGGGGUGUAAUUUGUGAUAGAUUGGCAAGGAUUUGUGAUUCUCAGCUGUUUUAACAAGAGCAGUAACGAAAGCUCCUCUCCCACAAUGGUGCAUUCCAUGACAUCUUUUAUUUAGGUGUAAGUCCCACUGUGGCAGUUGGAAUUUCCUCCCCAGAUUAUAAUUGCUGUGAAUUCAAAGCAAAGGCGUGGGCAAGUGCAUGCUCUGAGGCACUGGUCAGGAAUGGAGGGAACUGUAGCCCUCCAAGAUCUGGAAAGAUACAGGCUCCUCCAUCCCUGGGGGAUAGGAAGAGCUAUUUUAAGAGCAAUUUGGAAACUCUGUAUGGUCUUUUAAAUAGCUCUUGUAAAUGGCUCUUGAUUGGAUGUAACAGCAUAAUGGCAGGGCUUUUUUAAUUAAUGAAAACUUUGUAUAGAUUAGUUUGUGUCAAAACACUAUUCUGUUGACUGCUGGGGAAAACCCUUUGUUUCAUUUUUUUGCAAUUCAAAACAGGCUCCUUCCCCCCCAUUAACGUUUUAAUUGCUGCUCACCUGGGUGGCCAGUUUAGGUAGCCCCAUUUAACCCUUCCCUCUUUUCCUUGCAGAUGCCUCAUUCCAGAAGGUUCCGCUCUUCAGAACGCAGCAGCCGGGGCAGCUUCCACGAGUGUUACAGAAGCCGCAAGCACAAGAGGAGGCGGAGUCGCUCGCGGUCGAGCAGCAGCGAGCGGCGCCACCGCAGGGAAGACAGCUAUCAUGUCCGUUCCCGCAGGUGAGCACGUGAGCAGAAGGUACCAAGAGCCAGUGCUGGCUGUGGCACCUGAAACAGGACCCUAGAAAAGAGUGGCUGUAGGUUGAAUGGCCUAACCUUCCCCAGCCUGGUGCCCUCUAGAUCAGCCCUCUAGAUUCAAACGAAGUGGGUUGCGAAGCCUAUGCAAAGUCAUUCGUAAUUGUAUUUAUAUGCUGCUUUUAUGCACCAAAAUAAUCAUGCUCCAAGUGGCUUAAAACAAAGAAAACAGGAACAUACGCAUUUCAAAAUCAAAACAAUAGCAACUAUAACAACGUACAAGAAGCAACAUUUCAUUGCUGUAAUUUUAACUAUAGCAUCCUAUAGUAAAAAUAGCAAGGGAGCUUGAAAGUUUCACCUUGGUCCUAGAAACAAGCCUCCCAUUAUGUUGUUGCAAGUUUUAUAAGCAAAUCCCAAAUCUUUAUUGCUUGUAAUCCUUUAAGUGGCCUUUUUUAUUUCGUUGGCAACUUACGAUGCUGUGUUGUCAAUUGUGGCAAUAAAUUGGUUGGUCACCAUUCCAAGAUGCUUUGGACUUGCAGGUCACCAUGCCAAAAAGAUUGGGAUCCGCUGUUCUAGAUGACGUUAGACUCCAGCUCCCAUCAUCCCUGACCAUUGGCUGUGCCUGUUGGGGCUGAAGGGAGUUGGAGUCUGGAAGGCAUCAGUUCAGGGAAGGCUGAAGGUCCCUGAAGCUUCGGUCUAUAUGGUGCGUGUGUGUGUUCGCAAUGCCCAUUCUUCCACGUUUUUGAGAUGUACACCUGGGGGGAAAGAAACAUGGUAAGCUCCCUGAUGAGGCCUUUUUUUGUUUGUUUGUGUAUAUGCACAGCUGUCAACUUUUCCCUUUUCUUGCGAGGAAUCCUAUUCGGAAUAAGGAAAUUCCCUUUAAAAAAGGGAAACGCUGACAGCUAUGGUGUGUGCGUUUGUGUGUGUGUGUGUGUGUGUGUGUACAUAUAUAUAUAUAUAUAUAUAUAUAUAUAUAUAUAUGGCAUUCCAGAGGGGUAGUUGUGUAUGAUGCAGCGUACAUAAAGGAGAGUACUUCUUCACACAGUGCACUGUUAAACUAUGUAACUCGCUUCCACAAGGGCCGGGCUGGCCACCAGCUUGGAUGGUUUUAAAAGAGGAUUAGAACAAUUCCUAGAUGAUGAGGCUAUCAAUGGCUAAUGGCACAAUGGCUAUGCUCUACCUCUACUGUCAGAGGCAGCAGGCCCCUUGAUACCAGGAACUGGGAACCACACAUGGAUUGAGUUGCUGCUGCCCUGAGGUCCUGCUAGCAGGCUUCUCAAUGGGGCAUCUAAUUGACCCCAGUGAGAACAGGAUGCUGGACUAGAGAGGCCAUUGGCCUGAUCCAGCAGGGCUCUUCUUGUGUUCUUGCUUCCUCUGACACUUUCAUAAAAACUGUUUGGUGCACAAUGAGUGGCUGAGAAGAGUGAGAACAGUAGCUGAGAACAGAUACGUGCACAGCACAAAGGACGGUUGCAGACGGGCUGGGGACAACUGUUGAUUAAAUGCGAGGGGUGUCGCUUGUCACUGAGAUGCAACAACUUUGCAUGCCGCAGCUCUUACAUGUCACAGCGCUUGGGUCCGGGGGGCUGGGCAGGCAACAGGCAGAAGCUGCAGGUCGGGGGGGGGCAAGCCUGGCCCAGGCGGCACUGUGAACCAGCCUUGCCCAAUGCCCUUUGCCUCUGCUCCUGGACGCUGGCUGAACUUUGCCAUGUUUCUCCCGCUCUGCCGUUCUCCCAGCUACGAUGACCACUCCUCCGAUCGGCGUGCCUACGACCGGCGCUACUGCGAUGGCUAUCGGCGAGACGGGUACAGCCGCGAGCGGGGCGACGCCUACUACGAGCCUGACUACCACCACUCCUACGAGUAUCAGCGUUCUCGGGACGGCAGCUACCGCAGUUGCAAAAGCAGCCGCCGGAAGCGACGGCGGAGACGCCGCCGCAGCCGCUCCUUCAGCCGCUCCUCAUCGGUGAGUAGUUGUUGCGGCCUCCGAGCCUCCAAAGGCAGCCAGAGUUCUUCUGUGAGAAACACAACUGCGCAGUGGAUACUUUCGAGGCCCUGGUGUUAGUCCCGAGCCCCCUUCCCUUCCAGAAACGUCCACGCUGCUUGGAGGCCUGUCCUGCUCUGUUGAGAGUCCUAGAUUGCUCCCGCUCUUGUCUUUUGGUAAGGAUGGUUACUAGCUAUAAUGGCUAUGCUCUGCCUCCACAGUUGGAGGCAGUAAUGCUUCCGAAUACCAUUCACAAGAGGGAGAGCGCUGUUUUGCUCAGGCUCAGGGUGCUGGACUGGAUGGACCAUUAUCCUGAUCUGGCAGGGUUCUGCUUGUGCUCUUAUGAUGGACUGCAAAUGCUGCUGCAUUAGGGACGUUAGAAGAGUCCCGUCUCCCCAGUGGCCAAGCUGGUCCUCCUGUGAUGCCAUCAAUUGGAGCGUGAUGGUAAUAGUCCUCUCCCUGGCUACUGUUUUCUAGGGGGCAGGCUGCCCCGAUCUCAGAGUUAGCUCAUAGCCAUCAUGACAACCAGCCACUGAUGUCCUUCCCCACCUCAUGAAUUUGCCUGCAUCCCCUUUUAAGGUCACCUGAGGUGCUCUCAGAGGGUCAGGCCAGCCAGUGUCGAGGGUGGACUAAUGCGUCCGAUCUGAGAGUUUUCAGACUUCUCUAGACACACAGGCAAGGCCUGUGAUUUUGUGCUAAAAAGAAGAUUUACAGUUUGACUUCUUGUGACGACAGCCUCGCCACGGGUGUGUGUGAAUGAUUUCAGCCUAUCCCUUGUGGUGGGCCUCCUCGGCUUGUUUGCUCCCAGGUGGCUGUCUUCACCUCUUCAGGCAAGUAGGGAGUAGAGGCCUCUGGAACCCUGCUGGCUCCAUAGUCUAAAUUUCAGGACCAUGGUCCAUCUAGCUCAGUAUUCCCUACACUGACUGGCAGUGGCUCUCCUGGAUUUCAUACAGGGGGUCUCUCCCUGCCCUCCCUGAAGAUGCAGCAUCAGCAAAGCCCAGCAGGGAUGCCAGACUGGCAACCUGUGAGAGUAUGAAAUAGAAAACCAACUUCCAUCUAUCUAGCCCAGUCUUUACAUAGCCUGACCGGCAGUAUCUCUCUAAAGUUUCUUUGGGGCAGAGGACCUUUCCCAGCCCUACAAGGAGAUGCCAGCAACUGAGCAGGGGACCUUUUUCACUUGCAAAGGAUGUAGUUCUUUGAAUUCUCUGCAUAUGAAGCUACAGACUACUGAGUGAAACAGCUGGUUCAUUUUGCCCAAGACCAGCUCGCUUGACAGAGUUUGAAGAGGUUUUUUAAGUGAGCAAGCUCUGUGUUAUAGGAAGAAAAUAGACCUUUUGGAUACUCACAGAACAGUGGGUGCCUGCUAGCUUUUUAACAGUUCUCAUGGGGAAUCUGUGGCUUUCCUGAUACUGCUGGACUACAGCACGACCAGUGAUUAUGGGAGCUGUUGCCCAGCAACUUCUGGAGGUUGAUAGGUUCUCUGUCGCUUCCCAGGACAGGCAUGGGCUUUAUUGUAGAAUUGGUGUGUCCCCAACGUCUGAUAGCUGACAAACAUACCUUUCCCCGAAGUAACAAAUGAGGAUGUCACCAGUUGAGGACACAAUUCCUUCUUGCACCUAAAAAAAGGUUGACUUUGAGGUUCUGUAAGAGUAUGAACCAACAACUCCUUUGUUUUCUGUCGUGUGUCUGCUUGUCCUGGUCAUACCUCUUGAUUGGAAGGCCAGAGCAAUGACUUAGUCCAGAGAUGCAGCAGACAGCCUCGUACAAGAGCUAUUGCCUCUCUGUAUCAUAAGGAAUUGAAAUCACCCCAUCACACACUGUGCAAGCAUGCUGCAAAAUUAUCUGCUCCCCCCCAAGCAGAGGCUGUUCAGAAGGAGGCAUGGCCAGAGUGCCAAAUGGUGCAGAGAAACAAAAGUCAGGCUCUUCCACUCAUAAGUCCUUUGGACUUUUGGGAGCCUUGAACUAGGAAAUGUUCUGGUACAUGGCGUAGGUACAUAACUGACCCGGCUUUUUUGGUUAGUGGAUAGAGCUCAGCCAAAGUUCCACCUUACGGGAAGCUGUGUGCUUCAACCUAAUUUCUCUUGUCUUGGUAACUGGGGAAAAUGCGCCCUGAAGUUAUAGCUUCUGGGAACAUGGGGGAUCUUCCUUAGACCAGUUCAGGCCUUUUGCCCAUCUAGCCCAGUAGAUUCUGACUGUCAAUGCUUCUCCUUGAUCUCGGGCAGAGAAAGGUCUUGCCCACCACCAGCUGCCUGGAGUUGCCAGGGACUUAACCCUGGGCCUUCAGUCUACAGAGCAUGUGCUCAGCCAUCAAAGUCCAGUUCCUUCCCUUCUCUGCAUGUUGGGGGUAAGCAAGUCUAGGAGGCUGGAAAGGAUGAGGUUGACCAUGGAGGAUUCCCACCCCUUGCCACUGAUCGUCUGGUGGGGUCUGCUUCAAGCAAGCCCUAUCCCUUUCCUGUGGUUGCUGAGCUUCUGGCUGGUGAGCCACUGUCUGUGUGCUCUUCCAGCAUGUAGACCCUAUCAUGCGAGGACCCGACUUUUCUCUCUGCCCUGUCCUUUUGUACUGCCUUGGGUGGGUCUGUUUUGUGGAAGACUUUCUCCAUAUAUAUAUAUUUAUAUAUUUUACUACUACUUCUUUGAUUAUACAUUUUAUUUUUAUUUUUUUAAAAGAGAGAUUUCCUAAGCUAGUGUGUGUGUUAUCUUGACUUUUUUUUCCCUUGCAAUAUCCCUUAUCGUUUAUAUAUAUAUGCGCCUCUGCGCCGUAUGAAUUGGCCUGGGAAUCGUCCCUCCUUCCUUCCUCAAAUCUGCCAACGGGCCUACCUACCAUUUCCAUGGGUGACGCUUGGCUGGCUGGCUUGCCCCUGCGCUGGUUUGAAAACGCCCCGAAUUGGCCGGGUGAAUGAAUGAAUGAAAACACGAAAACCCUCCCCUCCUCUGCCUGUGCCUGCGUUUUUGGGGACCCCCCCGCAGCGGAGUCAGCAAAGCGGCCGGAGAGCCAAGAGCGUGGAAGACGACGACGAAGGCCACCUCGUCUAUCGCAUCGGCGACUGGCUUCAAGAAAGAUGUACAGCCAAAUCGUAACAUAAUCUAGUCUCUAGUUAAGCUCCCGUUGCAGUCGCGCAGUUGCUCUCUUAGCUUCCCCUUCCCGCCCUGUUCCUUUUUUAUUUUUCUUCGCAGUAUUAAUUGUUGUUGUUGUUAUUUUUUUAAGGAGGAAAAAAAAAAAGCCCAGCCCUUCUUCUGUUUCCUUUUCUUUAAAGAGUCUCCCUUCCCAACUCCUUUCUCUGUUAUCUUUUCAUAUUGUUACCCAAAGUGUCAGGGAUUGAAUUAGUUUGCAGGGGCCUCCCUGUCUUGGCUCUUUGAGCUGGCAAAGGCAGCCUUUGUGAUGGUGUGUUAUGCGCUGUGACCAGACACUGCUUGUUCUCUUACAUUCUCUUUCUCUCUUUCUCUGUCUCUCUCUCCUUUCUCAGACGAGAUUAUUAGCACCCUCGGAGAGGGCACUUUUGGCCGGGUGGUACAGUGUGUGGAUCACCGCAGGUGAGUGAGCCAGUGGCAGAAGGAAGUAGCAUUUGGAAUUCUUGUCUGAGCGGCAGCUGUGCUGGCCACUUGCAGCAAACAUAGCAAAUGUGUUCUGCUUAAAGGCUUAUGGGGGUGAAUCUUGCAUUGUGUGUUGGAACUGCUUUUCUGUGAGGAACAGCAAAAGCACCUGGGCAUCCUCCAGCUUAGAAAAAAGGAGUGACUCAGAAGUUGUGGGGAAGGGCCCUAGCUCACUGCUAGAGUAGCUGCUUUACAUGCUGGAGGUCCCAGCCUCAGUCCCCAGCAUCUCCAGGUAGGGCUGGGGAAAAGACUCCUGUCUGAAAUCCAGGAAAGUCAGCAUAGCCUGUACUGAACUAGAGGGACCCAAUGGUCUGACUCCGCAGAAGGCAGAUUUCUAGAGAGAGUCUCUGUAAUAUUUGCUUGAUACAGCGAUAGCUCAGUUGGCCAUAGGUCAGUUGUAGAGCAUCUGAUUUGCGUACAGGAAGUCCCAGGUUCAAUCUGAAGCAUCUCCAGGUAGGGCUGGAAAUGUCCCCUCCGUGAAACCCCAGAGAGCCUGUGCCGGUCAGUGAAGAUAGUACUGAGCUAGAUGUUCCAAUAGUCUGACUAGUACAGGGGUCAGCAAGGUUUAUCUUGCCUGGGUCAGAUUGGUCCCGCGGAGAUCACUCCAUGGGCCGGAUUGUGCGUGGGUCUUUUUCUGAGUCUGUGCAUGCACAGACGCAAUUUUUGGCGCCGCGGAAGUGAGCCCCCGCGCUGCGCAGUGCUGGUUUAGCACAGCACGCGAGUGGGCAUCUCAGUUCAGGGGGUGCUUGGGGGCCAGUCAAACAACCUCUGCGGGCCGCUUCCAGCCCAUGGGCCUUAGGUUGCUGACCCCUGGACUAGUAAAAGACAGCUUCCUAGGGUCCUAACUCAGACCUGGCUUUUUUGUGAAGCCAGGUGCUGGAGACUACAUAGACCUUGCUGUGAUUCAGCAGGGCUGCCCUUAUUUGUGGACUAGAACCCACUUCAUCAGAUGGCGUGGACUGCUAACCUUAGCUGGUGCCUAGAUUUUUAUAUAUAACCACAUAGUGCGCAGACACACUUCUCCCCAUAUUGGUAAAAAGUAUUUCUGCCAGGAAAUGCAUGUGUAUCUAGGUAAAGUCCAAAUGUGUACAAGAAAUGCAGCAGAGGAGGGGGUAAGGGAGUAGACAAGAAUCUCAGGAGCCCUCCAGAUGUUGUUGGACUCCAACUCAGCUGGCAUAGCCAAUCAGGGAUGAUGGGAGUUGUAGUCCAGCAACCUCUAGAGCAGCCUUUCUCAACCUGUGGGUCCUCAGAUGUUGUUGAACUACAUCACCCCUAGCUAGCAAGGCCAGAGCUAAGGGAUGAUGGGAGUUGUAGUCCAACAACAUCUGGGGACCCACAGGUUGAGAACUGCUGCUCUAGAGGAUCACAGGUUCCCAUCUCUGUCUUAGACCAGGCGUCGACAACCUGUGACCCAUGGGCCAGAAGCAGCCCGCGGAGGCCAUUUAACCGGCCCAUGAGCCACCCCAGAACUGAGCCGCGGGGACUCGCUUCCGUGGUGUCCGAAAUUGUGCCUGCAUACUCGCAGACGUCGGAAAUCGCGUCUGUGCAUGUGCAGACUUGCGCAGGCGCUGGAAAUUGUGGGCGCACAUGCUCACGCACACUCGCUAUCCAGCCCACGGAGGGGGCUCUGCGGACUGAUGUGGCCCAAGCAAGGUAAACCUUGCCGACCCCUGUCUUAGACCAAUUGUGUCCCAACCAGUCAGGAAUCAUAUUUUAAGCGAACUUACAGAAGUGUAAAGCUGGGAUGGGGGAAUUUGUGGAGCCCUCCUGAUGUUGUUGGACUCCAACUCCCAUCAUCACCAGCAGCCAGCAUCCAUGACCAUUGUCACUCAUUAUGGGAACUGGAGUCUUAACCACUUCUGGAGAGCUCCACAGGUUCUCUGUAGUCAGAAGUUGAGAUGAUGAAUAGCAUUUCAAGCAUCUCUCCCCGCCUUCUUCCACCCAAAUACCUUGAUUCUGAGAUACCUCUCUUGCAUUCCUCCCAAGGGGCAAUACACGGGUGGCUCUAAAAAUAAUCAAGAAUGUGGAAAAGUACAAAGAGGCAGCUCGGCUGGAGAUCAACGUGCUGGAGAAAAUUAACGAGAAGGAUCCGGAGAACAAGAAGUGAGUAGCUCUAACACAUCUUGAAAUAGGUGUGUGCACCCUUGGCAAAAUCUCUUCUCAAGGAGAAAAACUCUAACCCAGCCUUUUUUUCCUAGUUUGCCUUCCUAGACCAGGUGCAGGAACUCCUGGCUUUCUCCUAUAGUGCCACCUAGUGGAGAUUACUUACAUAUCUGUAAAAGAACUCAAGGGCAGUGUAGAAAUGUCUUUAACCAGCGGUUAGGCAGGUUAGACUGCGAGAAGUAGCAGCCAGCCUAUGGCCCACCUAGUAAGCAGAGUUGUUGCAACAGCCAUGUGGGGUGGGGAGCUGAGCAUCGCUGUUCUCAGCGGAGGCAGUGGAGAGGCCUUGCUGUACCUUCUCUCUCCUGCUUUAACCUGAUAAAACGGCUGCAGCUAGUUGAGGGAGGAGGAUUUUUGAAAAGAAUAAUCUUCGUUGGAUUGUUACAUAUAAUAGCAAUUAUAUAGCAUGACAUCCCCCCCCACCCCCAUAACAGGUAUCAGGUUGCACAUUAACACGAACGAUUCUUAUAAAUAUGUACAAGUUAUCUAAAUGUCCGGCAUGUAACGUUCUGGAGACAGCACAAAAAUUGUGCCAUCUGUCUCUGUCAUUCCCAAGGAAGAAAUAUAGUUCAAGCCGUCCUCUUCAGGAUAGCAAUGCAUGCAAAGAUGCCUUGUAGAGAGUUUUAUCUCCAAGACCAGUUUCAUUCAUAUAUGGAGUAAAUGGCCACCAUAUUGCAAAUCCACCCCCCCCCCCCGUUUUAUAACUUCUGAGUUAUUUUCUCAGUAGUGGCCAAUUACCAGACAUUUCUGUACCCCGAGUCGUGGGAUAGUCCUUGUGUGAGGCCCUCAGGGUUUCAGCCGUAGCUAGCCGAGUGGCCAGUAAAAGAAUAAGCAAUAAAUAUUUGCGAGUCCCAUCACUCUCCUCCUCCUGUAGCCUGAUAAAACAACUGCAGGGAGGAGUCUUCAACUGCCUGUGCCUUUCUCUGUCCUCCAGCCUGUGUGUGCAGAUGUACGAUUGGUUCGACUAUCACGGUCACAUGUGCAUUUCCUUCGAGCUGCUGGGACUCAGCACCUUUGACUUCCUGAAGGACAACAAUUACCUGCCUUACCCCCUCCACCAGAUAAGGCACAUGGCCUAUCAAGUGUGCCUGGCUGUCAAAUGUGAGUGUCAAGAGGAGAAAGGGGCUGGGGUGGGAGGGCAAGUGGGGACAAGAGGCUGCAGGAAGAGGCAGGCCUGCUGGAUCUGGACGGUUUAAUGCAUUUGUUUAUUUAGACCAUUUCCGUAAAAAAAAAAAAAAAAAGGCUGCAGCUCUCGAGUUGCAGCUUCUUGUAGUUUAGAGAAAAGCUGAACAAGAGGUGACAUGAAGUUUGUAAAACAAUGCGUGGCCUGGAGAAAAGUACACAAGAGCCCAGCAGGAUCAGGCCAAUGGCCCGUCUAGUUCAGCAUCCUAUUAUCACAGUGGCCACCAGAUGCCUGGAAAGCAGGAUCCAAGCAGAAAAAUGCAGUUCCCUCUUGCGCUUUUCAGCAGCUGGUAUUCAGCAGUAUUACUACAAACUUGCCUCACAAGGGAGUUACAGGGACAGACCCGGAACAUGGCGUCUUCCCCCUUCCUGGACUCUAGAACCUGAAACAGGUUCUUACAUUUUGCGUACCCAGAAGGUAGCCACCUGUGCAAAGUCGAGAGGUUUUUGCGUCUUUGCAGACACCCCUGCCCCACUCUGUCCUCCUUCCUGGCAGGCCAGAGGGAUGGUUGCAGUUCAAGGACACGUUCCAGCCACACAAAUCCACUUCAGGAGGAGACAGAGCAGGGCUGCUGAGAGGUGUUGUCUGAGGAGCCUCGCAGAGACUCGGUGGAGAGGUACCAGAGGCCACAUUUGGUCUUCAGUUCCUCACUCACCUCUGCCAUAGAUCCCUGGAAGGCUGGGCUUGCUUUGCACGAAAAAUGCCCACGCUCAAACUUCGAAAUCUCCAGUUAAAAUAAUCCCAGGCAGAAAAGCCUGACAACACCUCUGUGUGCCCUUCGAUGAGACAUUACUCUCCAGGAGUCUCUGUAGAAAGCAGCUUGGUUAUGUUCAGCUGCAGCCAGGAGGGAAGUGUCCCCUAAAAGUGGAUGCGUUAAACCUGGAAAGAUGAAAAUGUUGUCUUUAAAAGGUUUCCGAGGAGAGGGCUUGGAUGGGAGGGGUGCUGACCUGUGGCCUGGUUCACGUGGAGAACUUUUAGAGCUGUGCAAGAUGAACAAGUACAGCUUUGCAAGUUUUAACAUCCUGCCUUGUACCCACCUCUCGUGUCAAAAUCUGAGCUGGUUUCAUUUCCUCCCUCCCCCUCCAGUUUUGCAUGAAAACAAGCUCACGCAUACGGACCUCAAGCCCGAAAACAUCCUCUUUGUCAACUCUGAUUAUGAGAUGACCUACAACCUGGAAAAGGUGAGUCUGUGCGUUGGAUAAAUCCAUAUCAUACUGCAACAAACAGGCCAGCAGCGGGGGUGGCCAAAACUCCCUUUGCACUUUGCAAUCUGUGCAGCAUUGGCUCCAGGGAGGAAAGAAGAAGAAGAAGAGAAGAGUUUGGAUUUGAUAUCCCGCCUUUCACUCCCUUUAAGGAGUCUCAAAGCGGCUAACAUUCUCCUUUCCCUUCCUCCCCCACAACAAACACUCUGUGAGGUGAGUGGGGCUGAGAGACUUCAAAGAAGUGUGACUGGCCCAAGGUCACACAGCAGCUGCAUGUGGAGGAGCGGAGACGCGAAGCCGGUUCCCCAGAUUACGAGACUACCGCUCUAACCACUACACCACACUGGCUCUCAAAGAGUGAUGAGCAGGGCUGAUUGGCAGGAUAUAGGAAGCUGCUAGGCACCAAAUCAAGACCAUUGGGCCAUCUGUCUCAGUACUGUCUACACUGACUGGCAGCGCCUCUUCGGGGUUUCAGGCAAGGAGUCUCUACCCACCCUACCUGGAGGUGCCGGAGAAUGAACCAGGAAUCAUCUGUGUGUAAAGCUGCGUCCUUUCCCCAUCCUUGCCUGGGACAUCAAUCAAGGCGUGGUGAACCUUUUUCAGCCUGAGGGCCACAUCCCCUCUUGGGCAGUCUUCCAGGGGCCAGUGGCAAAAGUGUGCAGAGCAACAAACGCCAAGUUUCCCCAAUGUACAGUAGGCUAGUUUCAGUGUUUCCCAAACUUGAGUCUCCAACUGUUUCUGGACUAUAAUUCCCAUCAUCCCUGACCAUUGGUCCUGCUAGCUGGGGAUGAUGGGAGUUGUAGUCCAAAAACAGCUGGAGACUCCAGUUUGGGAAACACUGCUACCCACAUUCAAACUCCCCCCCCCCUUUCUUGAUCUUCCAAGCAAGAGGCAUUAUGGGAGUCCCAGGGCAUAUUCCAGCCAAGCAAAAAAUGCUCAGAAGCCAGGGUGGGAAGUGAAGCAGAGCUGCUGAGGGAUGUGACCUGGGGAAGUGGGGUGUGGCCAGAUAUAGAGGCCUUGGGGGGGCUGCACAUGGCCCCUGAGCCUGAAGCCCCCCUCCACCCUGCGUUAACUGUCCCUUCCCCUUCCUUUCUUCCCCUGUCUCCCCCUCCCCACAAGAAGCGAGACGAGCGGAGUGUCAAGAACACGGCCGUCCGGGUGGUCGAUUUCGGCAGCGCCACCUUUGACCACGAGCACCACAGCACCAUCGUUUCCACGCGGCACUACCGGGCCCCGGAAGUCAUCCUGGGUCAGUGUCUUGGCGCUCACUUGAUUUGGGGGUUGCUAGUGAGUUUGUGCAGGUGGGCAGGGCAGGAAGGUCUGCACAAGACUGGGCUGGUGAGGAGAAGUGGGGCAGCGGUGGGGCUUGGCAACCUGCUGAAAUUCUUUCUCGGUAUGACAGAGCUCGGUUGGACCCAGCCCUGUGACGUCUGGAGCAUCGGCUGCAUCAUCUUCGAGUACUACAUGGGCUUCACUUUGUUCCAGGUGAGCAUUCCACAAGGUCUGUAGCACAAAUUGCCUGUAGCGUCGGUUCUCAAAACUCCGUCCGCAGCACAAAGACCUCACCACAACACUGGCAACCAACUGUCAGGGGCUGGACUGAGGAGGAAUGGUGGGAGCCGCUGUUGCCGCCGCUCACCCCUCUCUGCAGCUUCCUGGGAAGAGGAGGACAGUGUAGAUUUAGAACAGUGGUUUGCCGAAAGGCAUAGUUCAGAGGCUGACGAGGGGGAAAGCUGGGAUAUAUUGGGGGAGCAGCAGGAAGGAGAAGCAUCGGGGGAGAGACAUUUAACAGACUCAAUGUCAUAGAAUCAUAGAGUUGGAAGAGACCACAAGGGCCAUCGAGUCCAACCCCCUGCCCAGCAGGAAACACCAUCAGAGCACUCCUGACAUAUGGUUGUCAAGCCUCUGCUUAAAGACCUCCAAAGAAGGAGACUCCACCACACUCCUUGGCAGCAAAUUCCACUGCCGAACAGCUCUUAACUGUCAGGAAGUUCUUCCUAAUGUUUAGGUGGAAUCUUCUUUCUUGUAGUUUGGAUCCAUUGCUCCGUGUCCGCUUCUCUGGAGCAGCAGAAAACAACCUUUCUCCCUCCUCUAUGUGACAUCCUUUUAUAUAUUUGAAUGUCUCUUGAAAGCAUUCCUGAUCCUCACUUUCCCAAAACCAGACGGGCUAUGUGAGUAGCAGAGCAGAAAUCUCAGAGGCAGAAAGCACUGACCAGCCGGUGCAGGGGUGAUAUAUAUUAGGAGGGACUGAAGGGCUGGGACUUCACUUGAAGCAACACCAUUAUUGUAAAGACAGCAUUCCUUUGUCUCUCUCUGUGAAUACUGAAUAAAUUAUGUGGUAAGAAGUAUUUCGGUUAUAGUCAUAACUCUUGUUAUGUUCAGUUCAGGUUAUGUCUUUUCAGGUUGCGUCCCGUGGUGACCCAAAAAUACCAGAAAGGGUUACUUCCGGGUUUCGCCGCUUGCACAUGCGCGCAAAAUGAUGUCAUGCACAGAAGCAGCGAAUCGCACCCCGUGCGUGCGCAGACGCGGGUUGUGUUCCUUUCAGGUUGCGAACGGGGAUCCAGAACGGAUCCUGUUCGCAACCAGAGGUACCACUGUAUCUGCCUUUUGACUGCCACCGGAGGAGGGAUUGUAAUUCCCUGAAGCCUUGAUAGAGCUUUGACACCAACUUCGAAACGAAAUGUUAUUUUGGCAUAUUGCCCCCCCCCAACCAUUUUCAAUCCCAAGCUGUUUUACUUUCAGACCCAUGAUAACAGAGAGCAUCUGGCAAUGAUGGAGCGAAUCCUGGGUCCCCUUCCAUCGAGGAUGACCAGGAAGACCAGGUGGGGCCUUUUUGGUGCUCACGUGUGAGAUGGGAUGGGAAAAUCUGAAACGCUUCCUUCCUUUGGGGUUGUUGGGUGGGUGGCUGCUCCCUAACCCCUCCACUCACCUGGCUUUUUGUACUCUGGACCUCACCUGGCCAUUCCUCGUUCACUGCAGGAAGCAGAAAUACUUCUACCACGGCCGCCUGGACUGGGACGAGAACACCUCUGCUGGGCGCUAUGUUCGAGAGAACUGCAAGCCGCUGAGAGUAAGGCUGCUUUGUGAUGGGAGAUCUGGAGGGAUGUCACAGGUCUGGGAGAAGGGUUGGGCAAGGCGGGUUGGCUGGCACCAGUGGAAACUCUGGGUAGGAGCAAAGAGCAGCUUUCACCUACGAAGUGGUCAUAUACCGAGUCAUAAGGGAGAGCCUGCUGUAUUAGGCCAGUGGCCCAUCUAGUCCAGCUUCCUGUCCUCACAGUGGCUGGACGGGUGCCCCAAUGCGGAACCCUCAAGCAGGUCCUGAACACAAGAGCAACUGGUAGCCUCACCCUCCCCAAAUUUUCCCAACUCUCUUAAAGCCAUCCAAGCUGUUGGCCGUCACUGCCCCCUGCAGGAGCAAGUUGCAUAGUUCAGCUGUGCGCUGCGUGAAGAAGUCCCGUGUUUUAUCUGUCCUGAAUCUUCCAAGUUCGUAUUCCUUAGAUGCCCCCAAGUUAUCGUGUUUCUGAGUGACGGGGGGAUUCUUUUCCCUCUCCACUUUCUCCAGGCCAUACAUCUCUCUCAUGCCACCUGUUACUCACUUUUUCUCUAUAAACCAGUGUUAAAAGAUACAUAAGCUAGGUGCCAAAUGGCUUCUUAAACCCAGGGUUACAAGUCUCCAAAACGGAAUGCCUCAGUUGCCAUUUGGGGGCCAGGCGGCUCAAAGGUCACGUUUUUCAGUACAACUUCUUGGUUCCUGAAAUUUGUUCUGAUUGUGCAGAUAAAAUAUAAUGAAUAGACUUCUACAGGGUGGGGUAUGAGUGUGUGAAAACGAUCCAAGGAUCUCCCGGCAUUCAUCUCCAGAUGGUGGAGACGUCAGGCGCCAUCCAUGUGCCCAGGCGUCUUCACUUGGUCGCAUGUGGUCGAUAGCCAGGUGCAAAAUACGCAUGGCAAAUUUCGAACGCUGCUCUAAACCUAAGAAUCGCCUUUCCUCAUGAGGGGGUUGCUGCAUCCCCUUGAUCAUUUUGCUCGCCCUUUGGGGAACGUUUCCCAGCUCUGCAUAAAGGUAAAGGGAUAACUGACCAUUAGGUCCAGUCGUGACCGACUCUGGGGUUGCGGCGCUCAUCUCGCUUUAUUGGCCAAGAGAGCUGGCGUACAGUUUCCGGGUCAUGUGGCCAGCAUGGCUAAGCCGCUUCUGGCGAACCAGAGCAGCACAUGGAAACGCCGUUUACCUUCCCGCUGGAGUGGUACCUAUUUAUCUACUUGCACUUUGACGUGCUUUUGAACUGCUAGGUUGACAGGAGCAGGGACCGAACAACGGGAGCUCACCCCGUCGCGGGGAUUCGAACCACCAACCUUCUGAUCGGCAAGCCCUAAGCUCUGUGGUUUAACCCGCAGCGCCACCUGCGUCCCAGCUCUACAAUACAGUGGUACCUCGGGUUAAGUACUUAAUACAUUCCGGAGGUCCGUACUUAACCUGAAACUGUUCUUAACCUGAAGCACCACUUUAGCUAAUGGGGCCUCCUGCUGUUGCCGCACCGCCGGAGCACGAUUUCUGUUCUCAUCCUGAAGCAAAGUUCUUAACCUGAAGCACUAUUUCUGGGUUAGUGGAGUCUGUAACCUGAAGCGUAUGUAACCUGAAGCAUAUGUAACCCGAGGUACCACUGUAUCCCUUUUGUGGUGAGGCUACCAGAACGGCACACAGCAUCCCCCUAGGUUUGCCUCCAGCAGCCGGUCUUUCCUUGCGUUCUGACAGCCGCCUUCUCCCCACAGAGGUACCUGGCCUCCGAGGCCGAAGAACACCACCAGCUCUUCGACCUCAUCGAGGGCAUGCUGGAAUACGAGCCAGCCAAGCGGCUGACGCUGGCCGAGGCCCUGAAGCAUCCCUUCUUCGACUCCCUGAAGCUGCAGACUGGCCCCAAAGCCUGGGACUCCAGCCGUGACAUCAGCCGGUGACCAGCGUAGCUCCUCCUCCCUGACUCAUCCCCGCCCCCGCCCCCCCAAUACCUUCCCGCACAUUCGGCCCCUGUGGAGGCUCGUGCAGGUUACGCUCAUGCAUUUUGGUGCUUUAAAAAUAAUAAUAACAGGGACGACGAUAAUACAGACUGCGUCCUGAUUCACCACAGGCUCCCUUUUUUGUUAUCAUGUAAAGCUUGUUAAUAUGUCAGAUAGUGUGUGUGUAUAUAUAUAAAUAUAAAUAUCUAUAAAUAUAUAUAUAUAUAUAAACAUGCAGGAAAUCUUGUGGCAUUUCCCACCUGCCCCCAUUCCUGUAAAUAAUGUGACCCUCCCUCUGAAUCGGUGCCCUCUUCUCCUUUCCUGCUCCUGCUGUACAUAAUUCCAGCCCCCUCUCUCCCUUCCACAGCGUGUUCUCAGCGUCCCCAUGUAAGUUAUAAGGCUGGUGGGAUCCCCUUUGGGGAAUUAUUUUUGGAUACUAAACCAUAGCCCAUUCCAAUGCCAGGAUUUUAUAUGGAUUUUGUACAGUCUUUGUGGGAAAAUGAAAUAAAAUAUGACAUGAAUUAAUGCUAUAA